AUGAAGGCGGCACUGCUGCUCUUCUGGCAACUUGCAGCAUGCCUCGCAACGAGAGCAGCAGACCGCUUACCACCACCCGAAUACGACGAAGCCAUCGACAAUGGGACGUACGGAUACUACCCGACUCGACGGUACGUGACUGCGCCGGACGUCAAAGCACCAGAGACGAACUUCCUGCAGUGGAGUCCGCAGUGCGAUGAUGGGCUACUGUACUUCAUCACGCCGAGAGGGUACAGCUUGCCUAGGCCGGGACCAAUGAUAUUGGAUAGAAGGGGAGAGCUGGUGUGGGCACAUCAUUUUGAGAAUAAGUUCGGAGGGCAGGCGUACGACUUGAUGGUGCAGCGGUACAAGGGCGAAGAUUACUUGACGUUUUGGCUGGGAGAUGAUCGAGUUCGAGGACAUGGCGCGGGGUCAUACUACUUACUGAACUCGUCCUACGAGAUCGCGUACAAGGUGGCAGGUGCCAAUGGCAUGUCUGCUGAUUUGCACGAGUUCUUAAUCCUGCCCGAGGGUACGGCACUCAUGACCAUAUACGAGGUGGUUCCCGGCGAUGUGUCGAUGUUCCGCAGCUUUGAUUCUGAGAAGCCAGAAGACAAGGACCCGAAUUAUGUCUGGGACUGCCUGUUCCAGGAAGUCAACAUUGAAACCGGAGAGCUUGUAUUUCAGUGGCGCGCAUCGGAGCACUACAACGUCACUGAGACCUAUCGACCAAUCUAUCAGGGCGGUACGAAGAACGAUCCCUGGGAUUGGUACCACAUUAACAGCAUGGUCAAGGACGAGCUUGGCAACUAUCUCAUCUCUGCUCGAUAUACGCACAGCAUCACUUAUAUUGAUGGCAAGACUCAGGAGAUCAUCUGGCAGUUGGGAGGCAUGAGGAAUUCAUUCAUGGAUCUGAGUGGCGGUGAUGCGACGAACUUUGCGUGGCAGCACGAUGCUCGAUUUGUGUCGCCUGAGAGGUUCCCAGAAACAUACACGCCUCCAGAGCUACGACAGGGCUACACCUCCAAGCUGAUCAGUCUGUUUGACAAUGCCGCUGAGGACCAGCACUACAACUUUGGACUGAAAUACUCGCGUGGGCUGCUGGUAGAAGUCACCUACCCAACACCGGGAACAGAAAAGUCCAGCACAGUGCCCUUUUGGACUGGCGACAAGCACACCCCAAGGAAAGAUGACGAGCCGACAGAGGACGAGAAGAAGAUCAUAGCAAUCAAUGGGACAGAUCCAGCCUACACCGUACGAGUGAUCAAAUCCUACGAAAACCCAAACCUCAUCCGCUCCUCCUCGCAAGGCUCGAUGCAGAUCCUGCCGCAAGGCGAAGGGAUGGAUUCAAAGGUAUUCGUCGGCUAUGGCCUUAACGCUGCCUGGACCGAAUUUGAUUCCAACGGCACUGCGCUCUGCGACGUCCAUUUCGGCGCAAGCACGUCCUUCGAGCGAGGUGACGUGCAAAGCUACCGUGCGUACAAAUUCCGAUGGCAUGGCCGACCCAAGAAGCCACCGAGCGUAAGCGUCUCGGACGAGGACUCGCAGAUCCUUGUCUCCUGGAAUGGAGCGACAGACGUCGCCGAGUGGAUUCUGCAGAGCUCAAACAGCAAUAGCGAGACCGCCGAGUGGAAAGAGGUCGAACGAGUCCCCAAACACAAGUUCGAGACCGCCAUCACUGUCCCUCCCGUCGAUACCGGAUCACGCUACCUGCGUGUCGUCGCUCUGUCAGAGAGCGAUGAUGACUUCACCCACGGCAUCAGCAAGGUCAUCGAUCGCGGCAUCAUGGCGUCGUACUUUCCUGCAAUCAACAAGAAGAUACCCACGGAUGUCGGGAUUGCGCCUCAUUUCAAGAUUAUGGUCAUCGUGGCGGCCAACAUCAGCUUACUCCUUGUGCUCUAUGAGGCAUAUCGGAGGUACCUGAUCUGGCGGCAUGGCAGGGCGAGUGGACCGCUCAUGUUCCGGAAGGGACCGAUGUAUCGGUUGUUGGGCGAUGGAUGA